CGCUGGCAGAGAGAGCGUCGUUUUCCACCAGCAGGUAUGGAGGAGUGCGUAAACUGAAGGAGGAAACACUUUUGCCUGCUCUUCCAGAAGUACCACAUCAUCCAGUUCUCUUUCUGGUUCUCAACUCUUAGAGGCGCAUCUGCGUUAGGACGCGUCAGCUCGGUAACGUUUUGUUUUCUUCAGCAUCAACUGGUGCCAAACGCGCAUGGCGAUGCGCAGUGCGGAGUGAGCGGAUGCUAUUGCAAGUGAAAGGCGUGAUUGUGCGUCAGUUUGGAGGAGAGUUUGAGGCGCUCUGAUGCGGUGGAGGUGCGCGCAAAAACCCCGCUGGCGACGCGUCUGUGCUCAACACCCAGUCUGCAGUGCUCUGAGAACCACAAACUUAUCUUUGGGCAUUAGAUGGCCACAUCAAUGGCUAUUUUAGUGUCCCGUGAUUUUGUAUUGAAUUCACAAUUAAGUGAUUCAGAAUGAAGAUAUUAUUUGUUCUCCCGCAUUUAACGGAUCUGACAGACCAUUUUAUGUCGACGACUCGGAUGGAUUUGCACGUACAAUAAAAAAGAGACGUUUGUCAUUGAUGAUAGUGCGCGCAAGAGCGCAACGAGUUGCGGUUUGCUUCGCCAGCGAGUCAGUUUAAAGCUGUUUUAUUGAGAUGAUUGGAUUUCUUCUUAACUUGUGUCAUUAAAUAGCAUUUUAAAAGUCGCCUAUGGUACAAAAACAAACGCACAAAAUGAACUUCGUCUUGAGUCUUCUCCUAACCUUGGAUUUAGCCACGGUGGCCGUCAGUCUAUCCACAUGCAGCACUCUAGACAUGGAUCAGUUCAAGAAGAAGCGGAUCGAGGCCAUCCGUGGUCAGAUCCUCAGUAAGCUCAAGUUGAGCAGUCCUCCGGAGAUCUAUCCCGAGCCCGAGGAGGUGUCCCGGGACAUCAUCGCCAUCUAUAAAAGCACACGGGACCUGCUGCAGCAGAAAGCCAACGAGCGAGCGGCCACCUGCGAGAGGCAGCGCAGCGAGGAGGAGUACUACGCCAAAGAAGUGCACAAAAUAGAAAUGCAACCAUUCUACCCUGCCGAAAAUGUCAUCUCUUCAACGCAUUACAACCCAUACUUCAGGAGACUCAGGUUUGACGUGAGCUCCAUGGAGAAGAACGCAUCCAACCUGGUGAAGGCCGAGCUCAGGAUCUUCAGACUGCAGAACUCAAAGGCUCGUGUGUCUGAGCAGCGCAUUGAGCUUUACCAGAUUUUAGGUCAUAAAGAGCUCACGUCACCCACACAGCGCUACAUUGACAGCAAGGUGGUGCACACCCGUACGGAGGGGGAGUGGCUCUCCUUCGAUGUGACGGAGGCUGUCAGUGAAUGGCUGCUGCACAGAGACAGAAACAAAGGAUUUAAGAUCAGUCUGCACUGUCCCUGCUGCACGUUUGUGCCGUCAAAUAAUUACAUCAUCCCCAACAAGAGCGAAGAGCUGGAGACACGCUUUGCAGGUAUAGAUGACAGCUUUGUGCAUGGAGGAGAUCUGAAGAUGUUUAAGAAGCGGCGACACAGUGGCCAGUCUCCACACCUGCUGCUGAUGCUGCUUCCAUCAUACCGUCUAGAGUCCCAACACAAGAGCCACAGACAGAAACGUGCACUGGACGCAGCCUUCUGCUCCAGGAAUGUGCAGGACAACUGCUGUUUACGCUCUCUCUACAUUGACUUUAAGAAAGAUCUGGGCUGGAGGUGGAUCCAUGAACCGAAAGGCUAUAAUGCCAACUUCUGCGCAGGAGCCUGUCCAUAUCUGUGGAGCGCUGACACCCAGCACAGCACUAUCCUCGGCCUCUAUAACACCAUUAAUCCAGAUGCUUCUGCAUCUCCGUGCUGUGUGUCUCAGGAUCUGGAGCCCCUAACAAUCCUCUAUUACAUUGGCAAAACACCCAAGAUCGAGCAGCUCUCCAACAUGAUUGUCAAGUCCUGCAAGUGCAGCUAGAACUAAUCAGCUCCCUGUUCACCAACACGCAUUCACACAAACAAACACACAAUAACUUGCAUCAAGGUACAACAGAGUCAAUGCCAGGUUCUACAAGUACACACCCUCACAAACACACACCCAUCUAGAUUGUGUGUGGAUGUGUGUACUUCUGCUGGAAAACGGGCCCUGUCGGCAUGCGUCACAUCAUCCGAUCAUCACUCUAUGGAUGUGAGUUUGGCAAACACUGGAAGGAUAUGAUUGGUGUCUAUAUGUGAAGCAAGUGGAAGAGAAGAUCCCUCGUUCCCACAUUUAUUUAAAGCAAACACUUAUUUCUGUUCUUUUGUAGUUAUUGUUGUUGUUGAUUUUGUUUCUCUCAAGACUACAGAUCUUCUUUGUUUGACUAUAUGUUAAUGUUAUUAACCCAUUUAUUGGUUACUGGAGGUAAUGACAUCCUCCCUGGUGACAGAUCGCAACAGAAAGAUGGAAAAUUGUCGGCAGUGUUGGAGAUAAUACAGGCCCGAGGAAGACUAUAAUUAGCCACCGUACGCGGAGUGAAAAGGUUCAAGACCAUCAUGUUGUUCAUGCUGUUUCAGAAGUCUGAUUGAAGUUUAUAAAUGUUAAGUCUACAAGAAUGAAGAGUUUGUAUCUCGCAUAUUUCAUUCCUGAAACAAAUCAUUAGUAAACAAAAAUAUCAACAUGUCUCAAGGAGGAAAGUGCUGGCUUUGAUAGUAUGCCCACCCGAAGGUUAGUUCAGAAGCAACGACAAACAUUAUUGUUUAGUGUUCUCUUGACUUGAAAUUGAUUUGAUCAUAAGGGUCCUGUAGUGCCCUGACAGAGCAAGUGCUGGCAAUGUUGUCACCCACUCAAUGGUUCACAGCACAAUGGUCAAGCAAUAAAAGUCCCAUUCAUUUUCUCCAUAGAGAUUUUUUUAUUGAUAAUAUAUAAACUUUUCCAACAGACCUACCAUGAGAGCUGAGAUUUUAAAUGUGAGAUUUGAAGAACUGUGCUGCGGUGAAGAACUUCACUACCCAUAAUGCCGAAAAGAGAUCCACCAAUCAGAGAAGUCACUGUUACCAUGAAAACAAGAACUUCGCCAAAAUAACUUGCAACGACUGCCUCGGUGACGUAAUCAAGUCAAAAUGCUUGUAUAUCUGAAUACUUUUCAGUAAACUUUAAAUAUGUUGUACUUUGUUCUUACAAUAAAUAACUAUAAGACAACAGUUUUUGAAUCGAUUACGUCAUUCGCAAUGCUUCAUGGGAUGCAUAGUUCAUAAAAGAUGUUAAGCACAAAUACUUCUUACUCAAGUCUUACUCAAAUACAUUUUUGGUUCUUAUCAAAUGUUGUAAUGUUGUGAUUAAUCUCAGAGCUAGUUGGUUUGAUUCAUGUAUUAGAAUAACUUACAGAAGAAUUUUCUUGAAAUCCCUCUGGAGAAAAUGAAUGAGAAAAAAACAAAUUCGCUGAAAAAGAUUCACUGUUGUGCUUUAUAGUGGAAGGAAGUGAUGUCAUUGUUCUGCUUUAGAGAGUGAGGUGAUGGCAGGUUAUGCGAGAAGAGAGAGGGGUAUUGUGUCAGUAAGGUAAUAGACUAUAAUGAAAGUACGACUUUGAAGUACGUGAAAGUAUAAUGGGACAGGUAGCGUAAAACCCAGUCGACACCGUAUGUUGACGCGACGCAACGCUUGAGGCUUUCUACACUGGACACAUCGACAAACAUUUUAAACUGUUUAUUUGUGUUGUUGGCAGUAGUAGUGCCAGCAGGUGCAGCGCAAAAUGGAAUGGGACACCCGUUUAGUGUCGCCGCGCUGUAAUGGAUGCUUCCGGUGUACACAGCAUCAUUGAUUAUAAUGGGUUCUAUCGCUUUUGAUGCGACACAAUGCGCCGCUCACGUCCGGUGUAGACAGGGUGUUAGUGGGAUCCAUGAGGGAUGAGUUACCCCGGUAUGUUCUGUUUUAACAUGUUGUUCUGAGGCCAGAAACAUAAAUGCACUGCAGCAGCUUCAAAUGCUGUUGUCCACGAUGUUAAUCAUUGAGAAAAGUUCUUUACACAUCUCAAGCUGUCUUCCUGAAUUUGUGAUAUUCACAGCAAAGGAAUAUUUUUCUUAAUCAGUAUUUUCUGUCUUGUUGUCCAGUAAAAUAUCUAAACAUCCUUAAAACAAGAUAAGCAAAAACAAAACUAGAUGAGAUAUAAGGCCAUUUGUACUGUAUCCACCUUUUUCCUGAACGUGGCAUCCGCCCAGUGGUUGCUCAGGAAAACUGUGGAUAUUUUGGCCAUUAACAAAAUUGAUAGUUCCAGUCCUGGAUGCUGAUUGGUCAACAGCCAUGUUUUAUCAGAGACUAUUUAGCAAAGAUGAGUCACUUUUAUUAUGAAUGAGAGAAAUUGGAAUGCCCAAAGGUCAACGGAUGUAGUUCAUUUUUCGUAGUUAAAAAAGUCAAUUCUAUCGGAUUUUUCUCCCCAUUUUCCACAUAUGAAUGUAUGGUACCAGCGCUUUGCUUCCCCCCACAAGUGGGCGGGGCCUCCUUGCUGGCAGUUAUUCUUGUUGCCUAGCAACGUUCUGUUUAGUGUUUACUGCCAAGGACUAUAUUUUUGGCGGAAGGAUGGCAUAUAAUGGUUUUUCUUGGAAAAUUAAAAAUUGUAAUAAACACCCUCACAAAACAGUCUAGAGUUGCCACAAACUUGCCGCAAUAUCGCCACUCAUUAAUUUUCACAUGCAAAUGAGCUUUGCGGCCAACUCCUCAUUGUUGCCAAAGGUUUGCUGCAGGUUCACCACUACUAGUGAAGAGCUGCAAAAUUCUGGCAAACAUUUGCAGCGAAAAACAUGCUCAUUUGAAUGCGAAAACAAUGACGGGGAAUUUGCGACAACGCUAGAUUUUUUGUUACGGUGUUUGUGUCCUUAAUAUUUUCAUGAUUUGUGACCGUUUUAUAAAAGCACUAAGGCAACGUAACAACACCAUUCUGCCUUGAGUAUAUUCACAAUAUAGCACAGCCUCUCAUGCAUUAUUGCUUAAAUAUAUUCUAUAUUAUUGUUAGCACUAAUCAAAGCACAAAUUACAACAUUUAGUGAGGUUUAUGCUUAAAACAAUAAAUAAAUAAAAGAAAUAUUUAUUCAACUUAAUUCUCUGAAAAGGCCUUAUUAUUUUACAAAAAUGUGCCGAAUGUGUAAAUAUAUGUGGGUUUAAGGAUGUUUAGAUAUUUUUACUGAAAAAAUAAGACAAAAAUAUUGAUUAAAGGAAUGAUCCAGGUUCAAUUAAAGUUAAGCAUGAUCAAUAACAUUGUGGAUUACCACAACAUAUAUGUGUGUGUGUGUGUGUGUGUGUGUGUGUGUGUGUGUGUGUGUGUGUGUGUGUGUGUGUGUGUGUGUGUAUUUCAUACCAUCCCUUGUUUAUUUAAAAACAAACAAACAAUCAGGUUACAGUGAGGCACUCACAAUGGAAGUGAAUAGGGUUAGUCCAUAAACACUAAGCGUAUACAUUAUAAGUGUGAACAUUAUUUAAGUGUAAUAAAAUAAGGGAUUUUACCUUGUUAUGCCGUUUACCACAUUACAGGGCUUAUCGGCGUUACAUCGGCCUGACAAUGCAGUCAUAAUAUUGCAUAUAUCUUUACACAAGGAUAGUAAGCUAUUUUAUCACACUUAAAUCAUGUUAAACUGUUUAAUGUUUACAUCUUGCGGCUAUACUUUUGAAAUAGUGUGCAUUUGAAUGUUUAUGUACUGCCCGUUCACUUCCAUUGUAAGUGAAUCACUGUAACCUCAUUUUAUUUUUAUUUUUUUUUUAUUUUUUUAGGGAUGAGACCAAAUAAAUUUUUAUGGUAAUCAACAUUAUGCCACAAAUGCUGUCAUUCGAGCUAACUUGUAUUGAACCCAGAACAUUCAUUUAAGAAAACUUUUUUUUUGCAGUGUUUUCUCUUGGAGGAAAAUAGAUCCUUUAUUAUCAAGAAUUGCACUGACUCUUUUAUUUUAACUUUUUUUAUUUUUAGCUUUUUAUUUGUUUUUUAUUCGUAGAUAUAGCUUCACCCACAUAACAUGAGCUGAUGAUGUGAGUGGCAUCCAGGUGGAGGUUUCCCAUUUAACUAGUCCUUAUCUUAACUAGUAUUAGAGAUAAAACUGAUCCCAGAUCAUUUUAAAAGGACAACCUUCACCUAUGCCCAAGAUUUUUAGGUGACACUUAUUUUAUUUUUAUUAGGGCAGUAGUGCCAAUGGUGGAGACACCAGCAUUGUCACACUAGAGCUGUUUAAUGUUAUUGUUGUCUAUGAUGAUAAUGAUGUCGAUAUUGUUGAUCCACUACGAUGUAUUUUAACACAUUACUCUAGUGGCAAAUAAAUUAUUUAA